UGGGAGGCGAGCGCAGUAGAGGUACUCAACAAUAAAGAUAUUUCUCAAAGGUCGAGUGUCGGAGACUGAAUAUAAUUCGUUACAAAUUGAUACAUUACAAAGAGAUUCAUCGCAAAGCUGUCGAAGAUGUAUUUCAAGUCGAAUAGUUUUGGAUUCGUUGUUUGCGUUCUCGUUUUAAUGGGAAGCGGAUGCGCAGCAAGAUGGUCAAACAGACAAGGUACGCGCAUGUUUAAUCUGCUUUAGAUAACUUCACAAACUUUUGAACGAAGUAUUUCCUUCAUUAGCUGUACGUCUACGGCUCAAUUUUAACCCGUUACGAAUCUAACAAUGUUUUCGUAAACAGUGUCAUUAAUGUUGCAAUUUGCUAUUGUUUCAAAUUAUAAAAACAUAUCACAUAGACUCCAGCCUGCUGCGAGUUGGAUACGUAAAAUUCGUAUUGCGUUUUCGAUUUUCAACUUUUCAACAACGUUCUAUAAUAGGGAUAUUACGCGACGUUUAAAAACAUUGUAAAAUGCGUACCGGGUUGCCCCGAGUGCGUGAGACAGUUUCAGAGGUUGAUUGAUUCGUGUCAUUCGUUAAUUAGCGAUAGCCAAUCACAGGUAAUGAGCUUUUUCAACUCCUGUUAACGUUAAUUAAACUCCAGAGUUACAAUUUCAAGUGUAAUAAAUUGAAGCGCCAUGUUCGCAUUUAAUUAACGUGCUUCAGGAAAGUUCUGGCUAACCACAAGUGGGCAAACUUAACACAUCAAUGCGUACGUACCCUAUAAUUUCAAUACUUAAGAAGAUUAAGAACUAGACAAAGAAUAAUCGUCGUUAAUUUUCAAUGUCGUAAAACGGCUUCGCCCAGCCCACUCGCACUGAAUAAUGGGAUCACUGAAUGUGAGCUCGUUUCUUUGAAAUGGAGAUUUAAACAUCAAUUUAUCAAUGUGUGACAAAAAAGAAGUUUGACAGUUGUUAAUUUGCUUUGCAAUUCUCCAGGCAUAAGAUUACAGGAUAGGCCAGAGGGCCUAUUUUCGCAGCCUCUCCAAUUAAUUUGUACUCAAAGUUUUCAUCCUACAUAUACUCCGCGUAGCUUUUUGACAUAAACUAAAAUUGGGAUUUCAAAUCAGGCUCAAAAAGUCAAAAGGAUACUCUAUAAAUUUCAGACUUAUUUUUUAUCAUUUUUCAAGUCGUCUUUCAUAGGACAUUAUUUUUACAACUUGUCAUGGGGAGCGAUGAUGUUUCGCAUUUUAUGCUUACAUUGCAUGCGCGGUUCAGAUAAUUUGUGGGAAAACUGCCAUGUUUUUUGAAGCAGCUCUUGAAAAACUUCAACAUUUGUGAACAGAACUUUUCAACGCCUAUAUAUAAUAUAGAUAAAUAUAUUCGAGAACCUCAGCUCAGUAUAUUUUUUUAUAUGCAACUAUUUAUAUGCUGCCUAUAUUAUAGCUCUUGAGUGCUUUUAGACUUUUAUAUAGUCUAUCUUUAGCAUUUCUGAACCUGAGAAAUUUUCAACAAUGAAAGACCACUCGAGGCUAUAUAUAUUUGCUUGACCUUCCGAGGUUAGCCAUAGCUCUUGAAGAAUAAGUGUUUUAGUCAUAUACAACUUAGUCACUGUGACAUAAUAUCUUUUUUAAGAACAUAGUACUUUUGCAUUUGGCUUAUCGCGAGGGCAUGUUCUUGACAUGGAUUGCAUUAAAAUCUCCAGAUAUCUGUCAGCCGUUGAGAGCGGUUGAAAUUAAAGACAGAAGUUACGAAAAUCAAAAGUCAAGCACGAUUCAUUAAUUAACGUUUAUUAGGUAAACAAUUGCGACAAUCAGUUAAAAGAAGGCGCGAUAAUGUAUUUUGAUUUUAAACAAUGCUGAUAAGGUUUCUGCUAACAGAUUAGCUUUUUAAGUAUUUGAGAAAUCUAUUUAUACAGCUGUUUGUACUCUAUUAAAAAGUCACCAAAAUUAGGACUGUAGAGUAUAUGUUUCAGACGGUAACAGAUGGUGGUCAAUUUCGGCAAUGUUGAAUGUUGACAAUAAAAUUAGACUAAUUUUGUUUACUGAAUAUUGGCUGCGAAAUACAAGAUACUUACAUAUAAUGAAAAGAAUUAACACGAAUUUAUCACUUUGAUAACUCUGCAGGUUGACGAAAGAGCAGUUAGUUUCUUAAUUUCGACUUUUCAAAUUAUAGUUCAAGUAUAUAUAUAUCACUCCUAGGGUUGGGGCAUUCAGUCCCUUCUAGCGGGUCUUAUAUAUGCCCGCAUGAUGAAAACACAAGCCUAUAAAAAGUCUUCGGCAUAACCAGUGUUUAAGAGUAGCUAUAUCAUAUAUAAUGGUUCACUUCACCUAUAAGCCCGCAUCCUCCUGCUGAAUAAUUUGGCGUGUAUUCAAUUGGAUAAUUAAUUUUAAGUACAUGCAAUGACACAAGCGUCCACUCUACUCUACUCUAGUAAAUUGUUUUUCCGAUAUAAAGUUUCAAAAAUACUUAGUCGAUCUGGUGACUGGUGUUAUGCUAUAUCCAAAUUCUGUCGUGCCAGCAAGAUUAUUAAACAAUUACGAUUAAUUUAAAAAUUCAAAAGAGGCCAACAAAGCGAGCAGAACCCAUGUCGAGUUUCCCUUUUUAGGUUCGAAGUCUUUUCAAAAUGUAUCUCUUCCUUGCAAAGCUUGACAUUAAACGUUUACUAUAUUUGGCUAGUGUUGUUCAAAUUAAUUUGCUGAUUCACGAGAGAUCGCUGCGAGGCACAUUUGUUAAUAUACCUUAAUUGUCGAGAAAUAUUUGCUAAUAUACCUUAAUUAGCUAAACAAUACUUUUAAUUUUCACCGAUUCAAAAGUCUCGACGCGUACUUCAUUAUUCGGAAUUUUGAGAUACAUAUUAUAUGAUCUAGGUGGUUCUAAACUUUCCAUUCGAAGACAAUUGAGACUUGAGUGCACGUUCUUAAAAAUUCCAAACUAUACAAAGAUCUUUGUAGAAACAUAUGCCAUGCAUGACUUGAUGAAAUUCAAUGAUUUCCAUUUUCCUACAGGACAGAAACAAAGCGGGCAAUAUGUCACCAGCAGCGAGAUACUAAGUUCGAGUAAGUAUUAAACAGCUUUAGCCGAUUUAAGUCAAUUCACGGCUUUGGGAACACAGCAUCUCUGGGUUUUAAUCGACUUCCUUAUAUCUUGCUGUGUACACAUGCAUGCUGAUAAUAUAGCCUACAUUAUACCGAGACUAUUUUAAUCUGGAAAAAACCAACUAAAUCUGGCUUAAUUGUAAAGUAUAGAAUUCCGAAAGUGACACCGAGGCUUAGUUACUGCAGACAUCAUUUGGUAUGGUAAACUUGCUCCCUCUCGAAAAGGUUAUAUGAAACACAUGUUGUUUAUCUUAUAAAAAGAUUUAUGAUAUAUAGAGAUAUGUUGCUUUAAUGUUCCCUGUAAGUUGCAUGACGAUAAAAAAUUAUGUUUUUGUUUAAUUAAAGAAAAAUGUUUAUUUUCUUUCUUUUACAAGGCGGCGUUCCAUCAGGGACCGGUCAUUGAUAUUUAUGGCGUGGGGUGGUACCGAAGAGAAAUGUUUUUCUUAGUUAGAAUUUUGCUGACCCAACCAUUAAAAAGUCAAUUUUUUACCUUUACCUUUUUAUCUCAAAUAUCAAAUAAAAAAUAAAUACACCUCAGAGCAAAAACGUUACAAAAAGAUACCAUUCAGUUGUCACAUAUGUCCUUUAUCAUUUCUGUGACAUGAGUUUGAUAACUGUUUGUGUAAUUUUCUGCGGUCUAAACUCUAAAGUUUCAUGUUGUCUGCACAUGUAUACUUUCUUUGGAAACACACCAUUUUCCUCCUGACAAAAUGAUCAAGACAGUGACUCCAUUUACAUAUUGUAUUGACUAUAUGACUGUUGACAUUGCUUUUGAGUCUUCAAUAUUUGAGUGAGUCGUGCAUACUUUGGAAAUGACAAUACAUUUUUACUACCCAACGCUUGAGUUGUUUUGUUUUUCAUUUACCCAUUGCAACCUUUCACUCACUCAAAGUUUUGUUUACCCACCUUUUUCUCCCGCCAUAAGUGACCGAUCCCUGGGCCCGUAUCUUCAUCACAUAUCCGUGCUUUUUGAACCGUUGCUUCUGUAUUUGCCCACUCUUGGAAGAGCUGGGAAAGUUUUAACGGAAACUAAAUUUGUUUUCCAGCAAGUAAAAUGGUUUCUCGACAAAUUCGGAAACAUACUUUGUUUCAAAAUGGGAUUCUUGUUUUUGAAACAAUGUUUCCUGGUUUGCCCACCAUCAGGAAACAUGGCUAGGAAACAAUGUUUCCUAGUUUGUCCACUUUCAGGCAACAAUGCAACAUGGCUGAGAAACAAUGUUUCCUGGUUUGUCCACUUUCAAGAAACAUGGCUAUAGGAAACAAUGUUUCCUGGUUUGUCACCCUUCAGGAAACAUGUUAGAAAACAAUGUUUCCGGCUGGUUUGUCCAGUUCAGGAAACAAUGUUUCCUGGUUUGUCCACCUCCUGGAAAAGAAAGAAUGUUUCCUGGUUUGUCCACCUUCAGAAAACAUGGUUAGGAAACAAUGUUUCCGGCUGGUUUGUCCAGUUCAGGAAACAAUGUUUCCUGGUUUGUCCACCUUCUGGAAAGGAAAUAAUGUUUCCUGGUUUGUCCACCUUCAGGAAAUAUGGUUAGGAAACAAUGUUUCCUGGUUUGUCCAGUUCAGGAAACAUGGCUAAGAAACGAUGUUUCCUGGUUUGUCCACCUUUAGAAAACAUGACUACGAAACAAGGUUUCCUGUUUGUUCACCUUCAGGAAACAUAGCUAGGAAACAAUGUUUCCCAGCUUCUCCACUUCAGGAAACAUGGCUAAAAACAAUGUUUCCUGGAGUGCCCACCACCAUCAGGAAACGUAGCUAGGAAAAAAUAUUUCCUGGUUUGUUCACCUUCAGGAAACAUGGCUAGGAAACUGGUUUGUCCACCUUCAGGAAAUGUAGCUAGUAAACAAUGACUCCUGAUUUGCCCACCUUCAGGAAACAAAGCUAGGGACUUGACAAUGUUUCCUGGUUUAUUCACCUUCAGCAAACAUAGUCCUAAUGGUUCCUGGUUUGUCCAGUUCAGGAAACAUGGCUAAAAAACAAUGUUUCCUGGGUUGCCCACCAUCAGGAAACAUACUGUAGCUAGGAAACAAUUGCCCACCUUCAGAAAACAUAGUUAGGAAACAAUGUUUCCUGGUUUGUCCACCGUCAGGGAACAAUGUUGCUGCAACAAUGUGUUCCUUACUAGAGUGGCAAUCUUUUCCAAAAUUGUACACUAAAGACAUUACAUUAACUUUGUUUUCUUAGGAUGCAGAGACAUUGUGGCUGUAGCAUACUGCAAAGCAGUCAAAAAGAGUAACCGCUGCAAUAUACAUGCAUAUAAGAAAAACUGUAAGCUGACAUGUGGAGUAUGUACCAGGCAAUCAGAGUCUUUACCAAGAAUUGAAGACAGCACUGGUAAUUCGAUUUAAUUUCUUCAUGUCCGCAAUUUUUGCUCCGAUUUUAGGUGCGAUUUUCUUCUUCUGAUGGAUGUGAACGAGUGGAUGAGUUAUGGCGUUCAGAUGUGAGUAGAUAUACUCAGAAAACUGUAAUAAAUACAUGUACAUACUCGUUCACAUGCAUCACAAGAAGAAAAUCGCACUAGCAGAUCAAACUGACGCAGCAAAAAAAUCGCAAGUGUAUAAACGGGCCUUUUGCGCUCUGAGGAUUAAGACCUACACUACAGUCCUUUUAAUACGUGCAGCAGAUCAAACUGAUGUAAAUUCUUGUCAGAGUAGCAGAUCAAACUGAUGUAAAUUCUUGUCAGAGUAGCAGAUCAAACUGAUGUAAACUCUUGUCAGAGUAGUAGAUCAAACUGAUGUAAAUUCUUGUCAGAGUAGCAGAUCAAACUGAUGUAAAUUCCUGUCAGAGCAGCAGAUCAAACUGAUGUAAAUUCUUGUCAGAGUAGUAGAUCGAACUGAUGUAAAUUCUUGUCAGAGCAGCAGAUCAAACUGAUGUAAAUUCUUGUCAGAGCAGUAGAUCAAACUGAUGUAAAUUCUUGUCAGAGUAGCAGAUCAAACUGAUGUAAAUUCUUGUCAGAGUAGCAGAUCAAACUGAUGUAAAUUGGCAUUUAGAGCAGUAGAUUUUCGAAGUGCGCACUCUGUUUACAUCAAAAGAAGAAUCUAACUGAGAAGAGCAGUGAAUAUAUAGUUGGUAUUUAAAGGAGGAAACAGACGAACUGUUACGAAUAAUCGGAGAGAGACUCUUCCAUCGAAAAACAAUUGGGUUUCUAAAAAGGGACGUCUUGUACGGAUUGACUUGAAUCAAUUAGUUGUCGGCGAGACGAGUGAUUAGAAGAAAAGGUGACAAAAGAGGAGAUAUCUAGGUCCUUGAGGCCUUGUUUGCAUUUGAAAAAAAGAUGAGAUCCUUUAUUUCAAGCCAGUAAGAUAUCGGUAAUAAGUUAAGCUUCUUAAGGCGCUCAAGAUAAGACAACGUAAUUUUGAAGUAACUAUAAACUUCGUAUAGCAAGCUUGCCUCCGAAGAACCUCAAUGGCUCAACAUGUAGAGCCACGGGGACUGGAGCCUCAAAUCUCGCUCGAUUUAAGUUUUAUUGUUGUCGAUUCUUUCAUGUGUCGAAUCCAUUUCAAAUGAGUUCAAACAAUGGUUCAUAAGCACAAUGGUUGAACUGGACCUGAAUCCUCUUCAUUUUAUCAUUUUCUAGAGUGCAGAGAUAUCGGAACGAAGGAGUUCUGUAUGUCUGUUAAACCAGCUUGUGAGAGACAAAGAUAUGGAGUGCAUCAAAGAUCUCGAUUUGCUAUGAAAUACUGUAAGAAGACUUGUGGUCUCUGUACCCCACAACCAACAAAAAAGCCAGGUGCGUUCAUUUAGCUCCGCUUUCAAACGUAAGCAUAUCAUUACAACAAUAACAGUAAUAACGUCAUCAACAACGUGCAAAUAAUAUACAUUAAAAAAAGAAUAAACACAAACAAUACAAUACAAUAAAACAGCAACAUAACAACAACAACAAUGUACAACAACAAUGUACAACAACAACAACAACAACAACAACAACAACGUACAACAACAACGUACAACAACAACAACGUACAACAACGUACAACAACAACAACGUACAACAACAACAACGUACAACAACAACAACGUACAACAACAACAACAACAACAACGUACAACGGACAACGGACAACGACAACGGACAACGACAAAUAACAACAACGACAACAACAACAACAACAACAACAACAACAACAACGUACAACGUACAACGUACAACGUACAACGUACAACAACAACAACAACAACAACAACAACAACAACAACAACAACAACAACAACAACAACAACGUACAACAACAACGUACAACAACAACAACAACAACGUACAACGUACAACGUACAACAACAACAACGUACAACAACAACAACAACAACGUACAACGUACAACGUACAACGACAACGGACAACAGACAACGACAACGGACGACGACAAACAACAACAACGUACAACGUACAACGACAACGGACAACGACAAACAACAACAACAACAACAACAACAACAACAACAACAACAAUAACAACGUACAACGGACAACGACAACGGACAACGACAAACAACAACAACGACAAAUAACAACAACGACAAACAACAACAACGACAAACAACAACAACGACAAACAACAACAACAACAACAACAACAACUACAACAACAACAACAGCAACGCCAAAGCAUCUAACAAGAACAUUCACAACAAUAAACUACAAAACAACAAGCGACCAUAAAAAUAUAGACAAUGCAAAUGCAACUUACUGUAUGUUAUUAUUCUCUGUAGAAAUUACCUGUGUGGACAGACCUAUCUGUCAAAAACUUACUGUAUUCUACAAAAUCAAGAGUUGCAGUACAUUACCACAUCAACUCAGAAAACGUGCAAUGAGAAAGUGUCCGAAACUUUGUGGAUUGUGUGUGGUUGCAGAGGAAAACGAGCCUGAAGGUAAGCAUGUAUUUGUGUAUGGAGACGAGGAUCGAGAAGUGUAUUUUUGGAUUUGUAGAGAUUUUUAGAGAUUCAUAGGAAUUUUCAGGGAUUUGUUUCCAAGGUGUACGAGAUUUUUUUUAAUGAUAUAGCCCUCGUAUGAAAUCUCAAUAACCAAUUUCAGCCUGGCCGUGUUGUAUGAGAUGAACAAAGACGAGUAUUUGUUUAUCUUACACGCAACACGUACGGAACUCGUGAUUCCUCUUGAUGAUAAAGUUCAUUAAGACAUGAAUGGUAUAAAAAUGAACUUGUAUUUCGUAAUUAAACCAGUUAGGCUACAACUUCAGUGAAACAGAAAACCCCUGAACCAACGAAAUCUUCACAGCAAACUUUGCAACAACGGUUUUAUAAACUUAAAAAUGCUUUUCCAAAAAUCUUUUCUUGAUCACCAGAGGUUUCAAAUUGAAUUUUAACGACUAACGCUAGUCCAGCUUUAAAUAAUGGCACCCAGAAUUUUGAGGUACAUAUACAAGAUCCUUCACAGCAUCUAUGUUCACAGUCAUGAUUUCCUUUGAGUAUUUCAUGACUCAGAGAAAUGCUACAAGGUAUUACAUUAACUUUUUCCAUUUGCAGUUGCACUAGCGAAGCGGCCUGUGGUAGACAUUGUCGAGACCCCCACAUCUCAAACCAUCACAACUUCAAACAACCGAAAUCGACCACCUCAUCCACCGAUUGAGAACCGAGAGACUGACAACGAACCACGAAGAGGAGUGUUUUAUAUCUACACUAAAUAUCUAUCGCUUUAAGUCUAAGAAAUCGAGUUUAGAAGGCUGAGAUCGAAGUAUAGUGGCUAGGCUUUCCCAAAGGACCGUUCAAAAUGGAUUCAACUGAAUAUUUAAAGAUCUUAAAAAUAGUUAAAGUGCAUAUGACAUGAAAUUUAUUAUUUUUUUAAAUGAAAGAACUCUUUAAGCUGUAGUGUAACUUAUAUUUCAGUUUCUUGUUUUUCUUUGUUUGUUCCCGAGAUAUUUCAAUUUGUUUGAUAUGUAAAUGAGUGUGAAUAUGUCCGCUAAUUUAUGACGUCACGUUGGUUGCAAGCUCAACUUACACUGGUUAUAAAUCUAUUAACUCUAAAAACUGAAAAUAUCAGUUCACGUUUUUCUCCAGUGUUUCAUCACAUUUACCAGUGAGGGAAGUUUGAAGUUAUCAUCUUGGAUGAUAGCAGUGAUAUUCAACCAUUUUGAGGAGCUUGCAACCAACGUGACGUCAUAAAUUAGCGGACAUAAUCACACUCAUUUACAUGUCAAACAAAUUGAAAUAUCUCGGGAACAAACCAUAAAAACAAGAAACUGAAAUAUAAGUUACACUACAGCUUAAAGAGUUCUUUCAUUUAAGAUAAUAAUAAAUUUCAUGUCAUAUGCACUUUAAAAGAACGAAAUAUAGCAAGGACAAUGUGGAAAACCGCAUCAAAAAGAGACAUGACGUAAAUAGGUAUAUAAACUUAGAGCCAGAAUCAGUAUGUUGGAUAUUUCGAAUUAAACUCAUCCUAGUACUUUAAAUAUGUUAAUGUUAGAAAGCAGUGGUUGCUAGUCUCGAACUGGUUUUCCAUUUGCGAAUUGGCGCGCACGGAGAGGACAAUAGUAUUGUUUAAAUUGAAAAAAGUCGGGAGAUUCAUUAUAUAGUAGAGAGUGAGAUACUGAAAAAAAAACACAGUGAGAUAUUUUCCAUAUCUUCACUAUGAAGAUAUCGAUCACGUGACUUUUUACAAUUUGCUUUUGGGCGUGAAAUUUCACAAUUUUUUGCUUGGGACUAUAUAAUAAACAGAAUAUUACACGGUGGCUUGAAGAUGACUUUUAUCUUCUCGUGUUAAAAACCAUAUUUUACUCACUCGCUGCGCUCGUUCGUAAAAUAUUGUUUUCACCACUCGAAGAUAAAAGUCGUAUCUUCGCGCCGCCGUGUAAUAUCC